AUGGGCGCCUCUGACUUUGUGCUCUACGAAUACACGCCGAGUCUGGUGGCUGCGGUGAUUUUCGCUGCACUGUUUUUCUUGACUACCGUACUUCACCUUUGGCAACGAAUUAGAGCCCACUCGAACUAUUUCAAUCCGUUCAUUGUCGGAGGAAUCUUCCAGGUUAUCGGUUAUGGCGCGCGCUGUGUCUCGCAUUUCAAUAAGACAUCAACUAUUGCCUACGCCAUGCAAAGCUUAUUCCUUCUCCUGGCACCAAUCCUAUAUGCAGCUUCGAUUUACAUGGUUCUCGGGCGAGUGAUUAGGUUCGUCCGCGGAGAGCACAUGAGCUACAUUCCGGUCGGAAUCAUGACCAAGGUCUUUGUUGGCGGUGACAUUCUUUCCUUUCUCCUCCAAGCAGCAGGUGGCGGUAUUAUGACCGGCGGCUCUAAGAGCAGCUUCACAAUCGGCCAAUGGGUUAUCGUCGGAGGUCUCUGCGUCCAACUCGUCUUCUUUGGGGCCUUCCUUGUUUCGGCCUUGAUUUUCCACUCUAAGAUCCUCCGCCACCCGACCGCUGAAUCUGAGCAAAAGAUGCAUCUCGGCUCCUUCUGGCCCCGCGACUGGAGAGGAGUUCUGUUUGCAUGCUACGUUGCCAGCGUACUGAUCCUGAUUCGUUCCGUCUACCGUCUUGUUGAGUUCAUUCAGGGACAGCAAGGCUAUGUCAUGACGCACGAGGUUUUCCUAUAUGUCUUUGAUGCCACUAUGAUGUAUUUCGUGAUGGUGCUUAUGAACUUGCGUCACCCGGCGCAUGUUUUGCAGCAGCAAAACCCGUCUGACUCUACUGAGCAGAAGGCAUAA